AUGGCCCUUUUGAACCUCUCGCUCCCGCAGGCCUCGCUGCUCGGGCUCUCGCUGCCCCUCCUCGCGCUACUCCUCCACGCGCUCCUGCAGCAGCCCAUCCGGCGCGGAGCGACGCCGAUCCCCAAGGCGCCCAACACGCUGCCCCUACUAGGCAACGCGCUGCAUUUCCUGCGGCCGCGGCACGAGCUGCUCGCCUGGUUCGCGGCGUGCCAGCGACGACACGGACACGCCACGCUGCAAAUCUCGGUGCCGACGUCGCGCUCCCGCGACCUGUUCGGCCACGGCAUCAUCAACGCCGACGGCCACCUGUGGAAGGCGCAGCGCCGCGCCGGCCUCGCCUUUCUCAGCGCCGCGAAUCUCCGCGUGCUCACGGAGGCGGCGCUGCCACUAUACCUGCGCGAGGCGGUCGAGGGGCUCGGGGCCCGCGCGGACGGGCGGUGCCGGGUGGAUCUGCAGGCCGUCUUUCACGAGAUUACGACGCGGCUCAUGGGCCGCAUGGCGUACGAUAUGGAGAUGCACGCCGACGACGAGUUUACCCUCGCGUUCGAGUACGCGAGCGGCGCUACCGCCGAGCGCUUUCAGAACCCGCUCUGGCGCUUCACCGAGCUUUUGUUUGGGUUUCGGUUCCGCCGGGCCCUUGCUCUCGAUGGCGGCGAUGAGGAGAAGACGGAGACACGCGAGGAUGCGCUAGGCGGCAUCUCCGGCUCCCUCGUCCGGUCCCUCCUCGAAGCCAUCGGGGACGAGACCCUCGUCGCCGAUGCCGCCCUCAACUACCUCUCCGCCGGUCGCGACACUACCGCCCAGGGCCUCACGUGGACUCUGCACCUGCUCAUGCGCCACCCCCACGAGGCCGCCAAGAUGCGCCGCGAGAUACGCCGCAUCCUCCGGUCCGCCGGCGGCUCCGCGUCCGAGCCAGACCCCUCCCUCUUCACGCCCACCUCGGCCCCCUACACUCUUGCCGUCUUCUACGAGGCCCUGCGCUUCUAUCCCCCGAUCCCCAUUGAAAUCAAGCAAACCACCGCCCCCUCCACCCUGCCGGAUGGCACCUUUUUGCCCAAGGACUCGGUCCUCGUCUGGUCGCCCUGGUCCAUGAACCGCUCCGAAAUCACGUGGGGCCCCGACGUUGCUGAGUUCCGCCCUGACCGCUGGCUUUCUUAUUCCUCGGCCCCGUCAGCCUCUCACCCCCUCUCGUCGCCGUCGUCGUCUCCUACCAUAAGUCCCAGCGAUGAUGGUGAGGUUCCCCGCUUCGUCAACCGCUCCGUGGGUGAAUUCCCCGUCUUCAACGGUGGCCCCCGCAUCUGUCUCGGCAAGAAGAUGGCCGAGCUCAUCGCCGUGCAAGUUCUCGCCGUCGUUGUCUGGAGCUUUGAUUUUGUUGACGCUGCGACGCCGGGCCCUGACGGCACCAUACCAGAGAGGAAGAGCCCGAUUAGCUUGACACUGCCGAUGAAGGGUGGUCUGCCGUGCUUCGUCCGUAAGAGGUCCUAUACGGACGAGGAUGUAUAUGGUGGGUAG